AUGGCUGAUACAAAUGUUAUUAUUCGUCAUGGACAUCUUCUAUCUGGUUUAAUUGAUAAAGCACAUUGUGGUUCAACACUCGCAUCUGUUAUUCAUUGUUAUUAUGAAUUAUAUAGAAAACGAUUUACACUUGGAAUUGAAGAUGUUCUUUUACUUUCACCUGGUGUAUCACAUCGACGUCGAUUAAUAAAUCAAUGUCGUGCUCAAGCAGGUCAAAAAGCUUUACAAAAAACAUUUUCUCUUCCAGAAAAUUCUAAUGAACAAAUACUUAUUAAUGAAUUUGCUAAAGCAUUUUGUUCAAAAUCAUUUGAUGAACGUAUAUCAAAAGAAAUGGAUAUAAAUUAUAAAAUAUCUAUUGAUGAACAUCAAAAUCAAAUUGUUAAACAAUGUUCAUCUGUAAAUGCAAUGCAAAUGUCUUGUUUACUUGGUCAACAAGAAUUAGAAGGUAAACGUCCACCAAUGAUCCCAAGUGGUCGAACUUUACCAUCAUUUCGUCCAUAUGAAUAUUCACUACGAUCAGGUGGUUUUGUUGAUGGAAGUUUUUUAAGUGGUAUACGACCACAAGAAUAUUUUUUUCAUUGUAUGGCUGGACGAGAAGAUCUUAUUGAUACAGCUGUAAAAACUGCACGUAUUGGUUAUUUACAACGUUGUUUAAUGAAACAUUUAGAAGGUUUAGUUGUUAAUUAUGAUUUAACAGUACGUGAUAGUGAUGAAAGUGUUAUACAAUUUCAAUAUUGUGAAGAUGGUUUAGCUAUUGAAAAAUGUACUUAUUUAAAAGAAGCUUAUUAUCAAUAUGUUGUUGCUAAUCAAUCAAUAAUAUUACGUCAAGAUGAAUAUUCACGUAUUAUUGAUAUAUGUGGUUCAACAAAAGAAAAACCAAUUAUAAAAACAUUUAAAAAAAUUCAUAUUAAUGAAGCACGUUCAAUUAUGGUUCAAACAUGGAGAAAUUUAUCUGAUGCUAAACGUCAACAAUAUAAUCAUGUUGUUGUUAAAUUUUAUUCACCUGUUACACAAAAUUAUUUACCAGCAUCAAAUUUAGUUGCUAUUACUGAACGUUUAGAUGAUUUAAUAAGAAAUUAUAUUCCAACACAUGGAAAAUUAGAUCAAACUAAUAUGGAUAAAUGA